GUUGCUUUUAUACCUGCUGAGCAAGUUGAGCAGCUGAGCACUUCGAAGUGCAGAAAGAAGAAUCUUGCCAACUUAAUUUCAAUCAAUCAUCUCUUGAGAGAGAGAGAGAGAGAGAGAGAGAGAGAGAGCAGCAGCAGCAGCACCGGACCGGAGCACAUCCGAUCAAAAUCAUGCCUUACUCUCCCUGGGACAUACCUAUGCUCUCUAAUCCCAAUGAGUAUUCCAACUUCCAAUGUUUUCUUCAAUCUAUAACGCCCUCAGUCCCUACUCAACAACAGCCUCCCAAGAUUCCUAUGCAAAUGCUAAAUGGGUGCCUUUCGCAAUCCCUUGGCAAUAGCGGUAUCGCGUGUUUCUCCUUGAGUGACCUUUGGAAGUUUUACAAGGAUUGGAGUUGCUUUGGUGCCGGUGUCCCGAUUCUCCUCAACAGCGGCGAUAGCGUCUUACAAUACUAUUCUCCAUCCUUAUCUGCUCUCCAAAUAUAUACUCGGAAACCCGUUGAUUAUUAUUCCAGGUUAGGGAUAAGCUCUGCACCGAAACUCGAGAGUGACUCUUCAGAUGUCACUUCGGAUGAUUCUACCAGUGACCAUGCGCUCUCAUGCCAAACAACUGAUCGCUUUGGCCACCUGUAUUGCCAGUACAAUGAAACAGCCAGUCCUUAUGUUAGAGUUCCGCUCACCGACAAGAUCAAUGAGCUAGCUCAGAAUUAUCCUGCUCUGCUGAAGUUUCAAAGCGUGCAGCUUUCUCCCUAUAGCUGGAUGGCUGUUGCGUGGUAUCCUAUCUACCAAAUUCCAUUCACAAGGAAUGCGAAGGAUUUGUCUGCAUGUUUCAUCACGUACAACACAUUAGCAUCUUUUCAAGGCAUCAAUGGUUGAUGCUUGUGAUUCUGGGGCGUUGGGUGACUUAGGGCAAUCACUGUUCCAUCUUCAUCCAAAGUUCCAAAAUUCAAUGUCUGGUGAUUCUUCAGAAAGCGGGAAGAAGAUGAGCUUUCAGUGACUCUUGACAGUUGAGGAAUAGGAAGAAGAUGAAGAUGGGUAAGUCUGAGGUAAACUGUCUGACUUGAGAGACGAGAAGAAUAUGAGUCUGCGACUCUGUCUUGACUCUUGAGUAUUGAGUCUAUUAACUACUGAGAAAUCAGAAAAAGAAAAUAAAAAUAGAGAAUGUGAAAGAGGGAGGUGCUGGAGGAGAUGUUUCGGCUUCCAGUUCCAAGGGGAAGGUGCAUGCAUGGAGAAGUCUCCAUUAUGCAGUAAUGGGGUCUCAAACAAAUUGCGGCCUGAAAUUCCCUACCGACUAUGCCAACACCCAACGAAUCCGUACAAUAGAAAUUACCGAACCUGUAUCCAUUCCACGUACUGUAU